CCAGCAGAAACUGAAGAAAGAUGCCUGGAGAAAGAUGCCUGUGGGCAGCAGACUCAGAGCCAGCAGAACAUUGUCAUUAUCAAGGAGCUGGGUGGUGCCACAGCGAAACCUUGAAGGCCCAAUGCAGUUACUUGUAGUCCUCAUGACUGCACAUUAAGUAAGAUACAACUUAAUUCUGCCCAUUGCUCAUUUUGUUUCAUGGCUGGCGCCACCAUCCAGAACAGUAUCUUGCAGAGGAGCAGCCAGAGCAAGCUGUGGGUGAACGGUCAAAAUGUUCCGGAGGACUCUAGCAAGCCCUCUUGGCACGAAUCUAGUGCCAGCAUUGGUAUUUGGCAUCCAAUGCACAAGACCUUUCGAAGAAAACUUCUACCCCCUGGCUUGAGGAUAGCGGAAUCUGUCAGCUUGUUAGAAACUCGGCAGAAAUGCUUGGCAAUCCGAGCAGGGUCCAAAGGCGGGUUGAAGUCCAAGGCUCUUUGGGAGAUGCAGAAUUCAAAACGCUUGCCAACAGAUGUCUGCCCAUGUGGUGGUGGUGUAGAAAAGGACAGGUAUCAGACCUGUUGCGCAAGGUUCCAUAAGAAGGGCCUCGUUCCUACAACUGCAUUGCUGCUCAUGAGAUCCAGGUACACAGCAUACGUCAAAGGCCUCGUAGACUACUUAGUGGACACGACGCAUCCUGAUCAUCCAGAUUAUGACACCAUGAGGAAAAGCGUUCGGGACACAACUAACAGGGUCAGAUUCAAAAAGUUAGAUAUUCAAGAUUCCACGAAUGGUGAAAACGAGGCUUUUGUAACCUUUAGAUUCGACUUCUCUUUGGGAAGGGGCAUAGAUAGGCAUAUAACUGAGAGGAGUCGUUUUGUAAAGGAGGAGGGUCGGUGGCUUUUCAUUGGUACGGAAAUAUUGGAACCACAAAGUCCGAGUGAUGAGGACAGUCCCUUGGCUCCUCUGUCAAACCUAGAUGUCUAAAAAAGAGCAACUCAUUGAAGUGCCUCCAUGGCCAUCGGUUUUCGUGUGUUCCUGGUUGAAGCCUGCUACUGAAAUUUCCAGGAGUCGAAGGGGACCCAUUCUGGCCGAAUCAUGGGGAGCUUAGGAUCCAGUAUAAUAUGACCUCGUGUUUUGGUCGUCGGAAGGUAUUGAAAAUGAUAAAUCCACUUUAAGUUGAGACCAAGAAGCACGUGUAAGAGUAGCUCGAACCAUCACAUCUCAUGGUCAUUAAUCGUCAUAGAGCAGCGACAUGUAGGAUCAAUCCGGAUCUAGGUGUAACGAAGGGAUGAUGCAUCUUCAAUUCACCUUGUUCGAAAAACAUGGAGGCAUUCAAGAUUGAUGGCUGCCGAC